UUUGUAGAUAACCGAGCAGCUCAGAUUGAAAUGCACUUGUCAUAAUGGACUGGCUGGCGACUGCCACCUGCGCUCGUUUGGCCUGUUUAUCGCCAAUGCGCAAAACGAGAUCCAGCAUGCCGACCACGAUGCCAUUGAGGUUCUGCGUGGACCAGCCGAAGAGUGGGAUGCCGGGCGGAUGGUACGGCUGCGCGACACGGCAUGUUCAGGCGCACUGUCCAAGUACUGGACGAUCAUCGAGUUUAUGACCGUGGGCGAGGAAUCGCCGACCACCGCAGAAAACAACCAUCACUAUGUGGUCGUUGAGCGCAGCGAGGAUAGCUCUGUCAGAUGGGUGCAAGCCUGUGUGCACCCGCUGGAUUCGCAGCUAUUCGUUUGGCACAUCCGCGACAUUAGCGGCUCUGUGCGGUGUUUGGAGCUGUCCAAGCCAGGCACAGCCGGCGAAUAUACGGUAUCACUGGAGGCAGACGGCUACCCACACUCGAUUCUGCUGACGCAGUCGCCAGAGGCGCCUCCAUCGGCAGACCAGGAGGUGCGGGAUACGCUGGUGUCGCUGCUGGAGGAGACGCUGGCGAGCGAGUCCUUUUCAGUACUGCACCUGACGGGGUUUGGCGCCAUCGAUACAGUGUUUCCGCGGCGAAUGCUGGGGUGGAGCGAGGAGGAGCUUCUGGAGCGGUCUUUUGUCGGGCUGCUGGCGCGGCAGGACCGAGGGUUCUUUUGUCGGGCGCUGAAGAAGUGCUACAACGACGGUAUUCCGCAGCGGCUGAACAUCAAGGUGCUGGCAGGCGCUCAGACGGCGUACCUCGACUGCGACGUCACGGUGCUGAUGCCCGAUGCAGCACAGCAGCUGGUGCUGGUUGUUCGCGUGAAUGACCACCACAGCCAACCCGCAUUGUCCCGGCCUGCAAUGCGCAUGCUUCGGUGGUUGCAGGUGGAUUGUGCACAUCCCUGCUCCUCCCUGUCAGCAUCCUCGUCUCCUGGCCUGUCGACUUCAUCCUCAGUCAAUUCUACACCCGAGACCUCGCCCACCCUGACAGCAACCACUGCGAUGCCGCCGCAUAUGUUCCCACCCUUCAACCAGCACCCGCAGCCGCCGGCGGCUGCCCACAGCGAGCACGGGCGGAUUACGUCGAUCGAGCAGCCGCGUGCACCACCUCGUGCACAUCUGACUGAGCAGUCGCCAGCCUCGCUGCUUGGCCAAGCAGCAGGUGCCCAUGCCAUUGCACGCAGUAACCACAGCAGCGCGUCUAGUCGCGCUGCCUCUGUGCUGGGCGACUAUCCGGCUGCGCUGCCGGCGGUGCCGGACCACUCGCUGACGUCUCUGUCGCCGGUUUCCGACCAUGUUAUCAAUCCCCACAUUCCCCUGUCGCCCAUUGCAUCGUACAUGGGUGUCGAUGAUGAGGCGGAUUCGGACACGACGGCCGGAAGCGCGCGGCCCGUGCUCGGUCCAUCUUGCCCGCAAAACCCGCCACUCUCGUCGUCGCAGCAAGGGGAUUUCCCGAUGUUCGAAGGGGCCAACAUCAGCAUUGCCAUGAGCGAUAUAUUUAUCUGCCCGCCAUCACUGGACUCGGCCUUGCCGCAGGGUGCUGCUGAACGAGUCUCUUCAAUGAGCCCUGCGUCGACUCUGGCCUCAGGCAGGUCGCCAAGCAGCAGCAGCAACAGCAGCAGUGCGCCGCAUCAGCAGCAGCCACGGAGACAGCAACGGCAAAGCGGACCCAGUGUUGUCGACGAUGUGUUUGCGCCAUUGCUGGAGAAGAUCAAUCUGGGAUCCAUCCGCCCCCUGCACUUCAAUGAGGACGAGUCCGAUAUGGUGGAUACACGGAGCAACGCCGAGAGCACCCCGUCGUGGUUGGCCGGCGCUUCGGCUCAGAGCAGCAAGCCAGGAGGCUCGUUCAACGACCAUGCCGACAGCAUGGUGAUGCGCAACCAGCGGCCAAAGUAUCCAUCUGUGUCCCAGACCUCGAAGAAGGCAAAAACAUAGUAUACCCUCAUUGUACAUCAUCACUUUACGUUUACUUUUACAUCGCAUUAUCCU